AUGGAGUUCUCAAAUGGCCGGAAACGGGUGAUCGACAAGUUGACUCGCGGCCUUGAACUCAUCAACCACCUUCAAGUCAUGCUGAACGGUGAUGGUGCAUUAGAACAGUCUUUGGCAGAAGGUCUUGUAGACAAAAUCUUGGAUACUUUCAAGGACAGUCUUUCGAUUCUUAGCUCAACUGAGUCCAAUGGGAUUUCUCGAUUUCCAGCCGUGAAUUUGGACGGCCGAAAAUCUGAAGAUUCCAGCGAAAGUUGCAAGACUUUUGAGUGGAAAGAUCGGAGAGGACGAUACAAGAGAAGGAGAACUUCUGAGACAUGGACAAAAGACACCCCAACUUUGUUUGAAGAUGGUCAUGCUUGGAGAAAAUAUGGACAGAAAGUCAUCCUCAAUGCCAAACAUCCGAGGAGCUACUUGAGGUGCACCCACAAGUAUGAUCAAGGAUGCCAAGCAAGCAAACAAGUGCAGCAAAUUCAAGAUGAUCCACCAAUAUACAGGACCACAUACCUUGGCCAUCAUACAUGCAAGAACUUAUUUAAACCUUGUCAAAUCAUCAUGGAUUCCACUGUCAAGGAUUCUUCCAUAAUUUUGAGUUUCGGUUCAGGGUCGACAUCAACCAAACCUGUGGAAUAUAAGCCAGCGAGUCGGAUGAUUCCUGCAAUUUCGUCAUCUGAUUACUUUGUGGCUCAAACGACUGCAUUUUCAUCAGGAGCUGAUCAUGGGGAUUUGUUUUCUUCUGAUGUAUAUUCUUGCACUGCAAGUACUCACAGUAUGAUGGAGGCUGACGAUAUGCUGUUAGAGUCCCUAUUUGACGAUUUGCCUGAAUUUUGA